AUGAUCCCAACGCCAAACCUCUCCCAUCUCACCGCGAAGGACUUCGAACGUGUGUACGAGCCAGCUGAGGAUACAUUUCUACUGCUCGAUGCAUUGGAGAACGAUGCAGAGGACCUCAAGAGUUCACGGCCCUUGAUAUGCUUGGAAAUCGGUUCGGGAUCAGGUUGUGUCUCGGCUUUUAUUGGGACCAUACUGGGACCGUCGUCGGCACUGUAUCUCUGUACCGAUAUUAACACACAUGCGUGCCAGUGCACUGUUGCAACAGGACGACAAAAUAAAGUUUGUCUGGAGUCCGUUGGCACAUACUUGGAUCGUUCGCUGCACACACGUUUGAAGCAUCGCGUCGACCUCCUAAUCUUCAAUCCGCCAUAUGUACCCACUGAUUCUGUGGAAGCAGAAUCUGCACAAUCCUCACCAGCGAUCGCAAGCGCUUGGGCAGGAGGGAUCAAUGGCAUGGAGCUCACGAACACCUUCCUGAAGCUUGCACCUGAACUACUCGCUCCACAAGGACGAUUUUAUCUGGUCGCGGUCAAAGAGAACAACAUUCCAAGAAUACUGGCUGCCAUGCUGAAUGAGCACGACCUAGCAGGCAAGGUUGUUCUCCAACGGCGAGCAGGCCGCGAGCACUUACACAUUUUACGAUUUGAGAAACAAGGCUCGCAAGUGCAAACAUGA